AUGGCAAACAAGUUUGGAUUAGGGUCUUUACCUCUAGAAUCUAAAAAUCCCAUGACGACGUUUAUAAACAAAGCGAAACCUUUUUUCGUGGAUCAAAUCGGAGACACCUUACAAGGGGAUAUCGAUAUGAACAAUUUCAAAAUAACUAAAUUAAAGUUUCCAGGAAACGAUAAUGAUGCCGUGAACAAGAAAUAUUUACCGGAUCAAAUAAACGCAAUUCAAAUAGAUAAGGACCAUGUUGAAAAUAGAAUAACUGACGUGAAAAGAUUCAUCAGACGAAAUAUUAAAAAUCUUGUGGACGAACCCAAACUACAACAAGAGUUAACGAGUUUGAAACGUCUUAUUCAAGUGGAUAAAACAAGAAAAAUAAUUUUAAUGAAAGACAAUUUCCAAGAAAUAAAAAGACCGAGAGUUGGUAGAGGAGGAACUGAUCUACUUAAAAAGAUCAAUGAAUACGAAGGCGAAAACUGUUACAUACCUACAGAUGGUCACUGUUUUAUCAAAUGCGUCAAUCGUGUUUUGAACAAAGAUUUAACGUAUUUAAAGCCUACAGAUCCCAUUCCAGAAGAAUUUUAUGAUAAACUAAUGAAUGUAGUAGAAAUAUUUGUAGGUACAGAUUGCAUCGAUCAAAUGUUGAAAUAUUUAGGUCAAUAUGAUAGAAAGAGAUUAACAUUAAUUUCUCAUAACGGCAGUGGAUUCGACAACUGGAUCGUGCUUAAAAAUGCAAAAAAACUAACGCAUUACCCUUUAAAAACACCCAGAGGAAUUCUAUCUUUUCCUUUAUCUAAUCCAUACACGGAUGAAGAUUUACAGAAAAAAUGGAAAAGACAGAAAGAAAUAAAGGGUAAUUAUUUACAACAUAUAAAUUUCACGUGUUUCUAUCAACACGAAUCCUCUAGUUUGGCUGCAUGGGGAAAUUCUUCCAAUCUCCCCGCGAAUUUGAGAAAGAUUGCCGACGUAGAUAUUGCUAAAUACACGCGAGACAACUGGGAGGAAUUGAGACACGAAUGGGAACCUUACGCCAAGAGAGACACUCUCUGUUUGGGAGCUUGUUUGAUAAAAUACAACCAAUUUUGUAAACCAAAAUAUGUCCAAUAA